AAACGGAUGAGUUCGUUCCUUGCGCCAGUAUAUGCCCAACGACACGCACGGCCUUUUCAGCUUGCCAGCCCAGCCCUCAGGGAACCUAGAUCGAUCUGACUUAUAUAUAUAUAUAUAUAUAUAUAUAUAUAUAUAUAUAUAUAUAUAUAUAUAUAUAUAUAUCCUCCUUCAACUUGCUUAUUACGUGAGCGAUCGCCAAGGAACCGGCCGCCGCCAGAAAAAGAUCUAUGGACCUGCUGCCUGAGGACGUGCUCACGGACGUCCUCCGCCGCCUGCCGCCGCGCGACCUGGCCGUGUCGCGCAGCGUGUGCCGGGAGUGGCGCGCCAUCGUCGACGCGCGCUGCGACCUGCGGAAGGACCUCCUCCCGACCACGCUGGGCGGCAUCUUCGUCAUGAUGUGGGAUCCGGGGGAAGAUCCGGAAUUCUUGGUCCGGCCCUCUAUGAAGCGCACAAUAGACGGCAGGCUUCAAAACUACGAGGGGCUCGAGUACUACAAUAGACCCUACAUUGUGAAUUGCUGCAAUGGCCUCCUCCUCCUUGACGAAUAUGAUCAGGUGGUCAACCCGGCGACAAGGCAGUGGGCGCGCUUGCCGCCCUAUCCGGCCUCGCCUGGGUCGAGCUACUACCCAAAGUACCUAGUAUUUGACCCAACUUUAUCUCCGCCUCCACACUACUAUGAGGUGCUUGCGAUGCAAGAUCUUUUUUGUUUUAGGGAUGAGCUAUCGGCAGAGGGAUCACAAUGGCCGCCAUUGGUAUAUACGAUGGGUAUGUACUCAUCUAGCACGACAAAAUGGGAGGAAAGACUAUUUGCCCGUGAAGAAGGAUCUGCAACAACCAUUGCCUAUGUUGGGUCAGGUCAAUAUCAAGCUACAUACUUGAAUAGAGCACUCUAUAUCUAUUGGUGUGGUGAUUUUAUUAUGCGAAUAACCCUUUUCAAUGAUAAGUAUACAAUAAUUAAUCUGCCGGCCGGUACCAACGAGCUGAGUGAAGAUGACAAGGUUUAUCUUGGAAAGUCAAAAAAUAGGAUACAUUUUGCUCUAGUCGAUAAUGAUCAACUUCGCCUCCAGGUUUGGUUCCUAAAUGAACUGGGUGGGAACACGGAGUGGAUAUUGAAGCAUGGCGCCAACCUGACGCAAAUAUCAUAUUUUCCAAAACAUGAUCAUGGAGCUGAUAGACCAUGGAUUUUACAAUAUGGAAACAACAAAGAGACAGCAGCAGUGGAUAAUGGUUUGGAUUGGAAUUCUGAUGAAGAUAAUGCUCUUGACAUUGAUGACAUGGGUUGUGGAAAGUCCUACUUCCCUGCGUAUAUUGACGUAUUUGGAUUCCAUCCUUAUAGAGAGAUUCUCUUCUUGUAUUUGUCACGUUCAAGAGUUGUGGCAUAUUAUUUUAAUGCCUCAAAGAUUCAGGAUUUGGGAGAGUUCCGCUUUGGAGACAUUUAUCAUACCAUAUAUCAGGCUUUCAUAUAUACACCUUGUUGGAAUGGAGAGUUGUUUGUAGAAAAUUAAUAAUUUAUAAAUGUAUAUAUAGAUUAUUAGUAAUAGCUAGUUAUAGGACUCAUCGGCUCCAAUCUUUUUUUUUUCUUUUCGCUUA